UGUAAAUCAGGUGCUCUUGCGAGUGCUCUCAUCUGGCUCCGCUUGGCACCUGGGCCAGGUAUGAACAGGGAGUCAGACGGUUGUAGAUCGAGUCUGGAGAUAAGAGGAAGGGCAAGACAACCCGGAUUAAGUGUGUGCAGUUCAAACAGAGCAGGAGCUGGGAGCAGUGGGUGACGAUACAUCUGCCGACGCCUGGGGAAGACAGAAUAGUACUCCGCUGCUCUGCACAGUUGCAGUUGAUGUAGCUCCUGAAUAUGGUUUGCGUGCUAGACUGGGUGAAUAAAGCCCACCACUCGUCUCCUGUCACCUGCAGUUAACUCUUACCUGUCCGACAAAAGCGGAAGCCGAGUCUUUAGUGGAGGGGGGGGGACAUUAGAGUAGACAUCUUGCGUGGGCGAUGUCUAACACACCCAGACGAAGAAGGUCCCGGUCCUUCUCGAAUGACUCUGAAGAGGCCAGUGGGCUGCUGAUGGAGCCAGAACAGGAAGACCUGGACUGGGAUAACUUUAGUAUGACUCUGGAGGAGCGAUUAGCUGCUGAGCAAGAGAGCCUGCAGGACAUGGAAGAGCGCUGCAACCAGCUGGCCAAGGCCAAACGUGAGCUGGAGGACCAGGUGGCAGGCCUGAGCGAGCGGCUAGAGGAGGAGGAGGGCUGCGCGGCUCUGCUGGCGGCGCAGAAGCAGCGGCUGGAGGCGGAGUGCUGCAGCCUGAAGCAGGACCUGGAGGAGCUGGAGAACACGCUGAGCUCUGUGGAGAGGGACAAGCAGUCUUCAGAUUCAAAUGUGCAGAAAUUUACAGCGGAGCUUUCGCAGAGGGAUGACAUCAUACAGAAACUGCAGAAGGAGAAGGAACGUCUUGUAGAACUCACUCAGCAAGCCAUAGAAGACCUGCACUCGGAAGAAGAUAAAGUAAACCACUUAACUAAGGAGAAGGCCAAGCUGCAGAUGCAGGCAGAAGAGUUGGAGUACCUUCUUGAGCAGGAGACGAAGCAGAGGAGUGAUGUGGAAAAGAGCCACCGGAAGCUGGAGGGGGACAGCAGGACUACAGUAGAGAGCCUCAGUGAGCUGGAGAAGAUGAAGGCAGGUCUGGAGGACAUCAUUAAGAAGAAAGAACUGGAGAUCAGUUCCAUAACAGAAAAACUUGAAGAGGAGGAAACUCUUAAUGUCAGCCUACAAAGGAAGAACAAGGAGCUGCAGGUGCGGAUUGAGGAACUAGAAGAGGAACUGGAGACAGAAAAAGCCAUGAGGGCAAAGGUGGAGAAGCAGCGGUCUGACCUCACGCGGGAGCUGGACGACCUGACUGAUCGCCUGGAGGAGGCAGGAGGGGCCACAGCAUCCCAGAUUGAGGUGAAUAAGAAGCGUGAAGCAGAGCUGAAGCGACUGCGUCGUGAGCUGGAGGAGUCCUCACUGCAAUCGGAGGCACUGGCGGCGACCCUGAGGAAGCGGCACAGCGAUGCACUGGCCGAGCUCAACGAGCAGUGCGAAAGCCUGCAGAGGACCCGUGCCAAGCUGGAGAAGGAGAAGCAGAACCUGCUCCUUGAGCUGGAUGACCUCACCACUAACAUGGAGAAUCUGCAGAAGGCCAAGGUCGCUAGUGACAACCAGCUGCGGAAGCUUGAAGAAAUUCUGUCUGAGGCCAACUUCAAGAAUGAGGACCUGCAGAAGGGGCUGUCGGAAUCAAACAUUGGCAAGAACCGGCUCACAGCUGAAAAUAAUGACCUCAGUCGACAACUGGAAGAGGCAGAGAACCGGUCCCUCCAGAUGAACCGGGCCAAAGCCCUGUUGACGUCCCAGUCUGAAGAGCUCAAGAAGCAGCUGGAAGAAGAGUUAAAAUUGAAAACAGCGCUAGGACACAGUUUGGCUGGACUGAAACAGGAGUAUGAGCUGCUGAAGGAGCAACUGGAGGAGGAGCAGGAGAGCAAGCUGGAGCUACAGCGACAGGUCUCUAGGCUGAACAGCGAGGUCACUCACUGGAGGACACGCUACGAGGCCGAAACCAUUCAGCACACGGACGAGCUUGAGGAUGCCAAGAAGAAGUUGUCGUCACGGCUACAGGAGGCCGAGGAAGCUGUUGAAGCUACUCAGGCUAAAUGCUCUAGCCUGGAGAAAACCAAGCAAAGGUUACAAGGGGAGGUGGAGGACCUUUGCUUAGACCUUGAGAAGGCAAGCAGCUCUGCAACGUUACUGGAUAAGAAGCAGCAUGUGAUGGAGAAGCAGCUCUCUGACUGGAAACAGAAGUGCGAAGAGCUGGUGGCGGAAGUAGAGGGCUGCCAGAAGGAGGGCCAGCAGCAUGCAGCUGAGCUCUUCAAGCUGAAGACAGCCUACGAGGAGAACCUGGAGCAAGGGGAGGCCCUCCGGAGGGAGAAUAAAGCCUUCCAGGAGGAGGUAGCUGAUCUCAAUGACCAGCUGGCUGAUGUCGGGAAGAGUGUCCAUGAGCUGCAAAAAGCCAAGAAGAAGAUGGAGAUGGAGAAAGAGGAGCUACAAGCCUCACUUGAGGAGUCUGAGGCUGCACUGGAGGCAGAGGAGACUAAGGUACUUCGUCUGCAGCUGGAGCUAUCCCAGGCCAAGGGGGACCUGGAGCGUCGGUGGCAGGAAAAAGAGGAGGAGUUAGAAGCAGCCAGAAAAGGCCACCAAAGGGCACUGGAGUCCCUGCAGGCGACUCUGGACACUGAGGUGAAAGGUCGUACGGAAGCUGCCCGGGUGAAAAAGAAACUGGAGAGUGACCUCAAUGAGCUGGAGCUCCAGUUGGACCUACUGACUAAGAACAACGGGGAACUGAUGAAAACUAUUAAGAAGAUGCAGCUGCAGAUUAAAGAUCUCCAGACCCAAGUAGAGGAAGACGCACGGCAGCAGGAGGAACUGCGAGAGGAGCGUGCCCUGCUGGAGCGUCGCUGUGCCACGUUGGCGACGGAGGGCGAGGAGACUCGUGCUGGUGUGGAGGCCGCAGAGAGGGCCCGCAAGUGCCUGGAGACCGAAUUGCUGGAAAUGACCGAAAAGUACAAUGAAAUAAGUAACCAGUUCCAGUCCGCUAACAAUGGCAAAAGAAAGCUAGAGGCAGACCUUCAACAGAUGACUCAAGACCACGAAGAGCUAUUGGGCAGCGUGCGGGCUUCAAAUGACAAGGCCAAGAAGGCCAUGUGUGAGGCCAGCCGACUGGCAGAGGAGUUGCGGCACGAGCAGGAGCACACGUUGCAUUUGGAGAGGGUGAAGAAGGGCCUGGAAGCCCAGGUCAAGGACAUGACGGCUCGGCUGGAUGAGGCCGAGCAGCUGGCACUCAAGGGGGGGAAGAAGAUCAUCCAGAAGCUAGAAGGGAAGGCAAAAGAGCUGGAGUUGGAACUGGACACGGAGCAGAAGAGGCAUGCUGAGACAGUGAAAACGUUACGCAAGAACGAGCGGCGCCUGAAGGAGCUGCUCUUCCAGUCCGAGGAGGACCAGAAAAACCAGCAGAGGAUGCAGGAGCUGGUGGAGAGGCUGCAGAACAAGAUGAAGGCCUAUAAGAGACAAGUGGAAGAAGCGGAAGAGCAAGCCAACAUGAAUCUGGCGAAGUACCGGAAGACGGUUCACGAGCUGGAUGACGCAGAGGAGCGAGCAGACAUUGCCGAGUCAGCACUAACGAAGAUCAGGACAAAAAGCAGAGGAAGCUUCAGCAAGGGCUACUCCUCUGGCUACAGCACCCCCUUCCCUGGGAUGGUCAGGUCACCCAGCUCUGCUGGAUCAGAGGGCAGAGGAGAGAAGAUCAUCCAUGAUGACGAGUCUGUCAGCUCCCUCAUCCCAGCUUAUCUGAACUCCCUGAAGAAGCUGAUGAUUGAUGAUUGAGUAUCAGUUAUGAAUGUUAUAGGAAAAUAACUGGCGAACACAUUUUGUUGCUUCUUUUUAUAAUUCAAAAUGAUUUCAGUGUUUCAGGUGGGUUUUUUUGUGUAAGAAAAUAUAUGGUGUAUUAUGAAUUAGUACAUGGCUGGACAGUACAGUUAUGCUUAUUAAGUGUUAUACAGUAAAUAAUUAGCAAUCCAAAUCAAAAUAGGCUCUCAUGGCUGGAAGCCUUUCUGUAAUUCCCCUAAGAAAGGUGCUUAAUCUGAGUGGCUCACUAAGCGUUUUGUCUCCUGAGACAGCAAAUGGAGAUGGAAUGGACAGUCUAUUAGCUCUCUUCGGAUACAGUAGGCUGGGCAGUUGGAUGAAACCUCCAAUACUGCUGUCAAGGAUGAAUUGACAGGAAAACGGGAACAUUCCUGAAAAAGUGCUACUUUAUAUCUUAUCAGUCAUUGACUGAUUACAAGUGUUCCAUCCCUCGGAACAUCCCUACCCUCCCCCAUUGUCAUAGGCUCCCAUCCAUCCUUCCGUUCACCCAUCUCCUGUAACUACUUGUCCUAUUCAGGGAUGAUGGGGGCCCAAACCUAUUGGCACAAGGCAGAGAAUAAACUAGGAUGGGGUGCCGACCCAUCGCAAAGCACACUCACGCAUGCACACCUAAGAACAAUUUGAUUAAAAUAAACCUCAACAUGUUUUUGUACCUGGAUGAAACCCCAUGAUGACACGGGGAGAUCAUGCAAACUCCAAACACACGUAGGCGUGGGGGAGCCUUGAGCUCUGCUCCUAGAGGCGCGUGGCUGCAGCGCUGACCACUGCGCUGCCUUGCCGCCCCUCGUAGACUCAUACGUAAAUUUAUAAUCAAGGGCGGCAAGUAGGUAAAAACUGUACUUGGCUAAUACAGUAAAACUGUCACCUGUCACUCAAUGUCAAUUGAUAAAUACAUUUACUCUGGACUGUGAACCUUUGUUUUUAAUAAUAAAAGUCUUUUUCUUUAUCUUA